AUGCAAAGGAACUUUCAAUUCCGAUUGACAAGCCUCGUACUUGAUCAACCUGAAGAAUCAGACAAUUUAAGUGAAGAAACUCUAUAUCGUCAAACAGUUGAGUUGGCAGCGUUGCGUGUGUACUGGGUUCUUAAUAAGCACCAAAAACCAUUUUCUGAUUCCGAAAUAGUAAACGAGUGUAUGUUGGAAGUGGCCACUACACUUUUUCAAGAAAAUAAAAAAAUCCUUACCUCUAUCCAAGAUAUUCCUUUGUUGGCAAGGAGCAACACAAGAAGGACAGAAAUGUUGGCAGCCGAAAACAGAAACAGCUUAUUUGAACUUCUACAUAAGUCACCGUGCUAUUGCAUUGAGCUUGAUGAAUCUUGUGACUUAGUUGAUUCUGAACAAAUGUCAAUUUUCGUGCGAUUCUUUGACAUUGAAAAUAAAGUAUUUAGAGAAGAGUUACUAGCAAUAUUGACAUUUGAAGGCAAGACUCGCGGAGAAGAUUUAUUUAAGAGUUUUUAUGACUUCAUGAAAAAAUCGAAUUUGAGUUAUGAUAAAAUUGUGUCAAUUUCCACUGAUGGAGCUCCAGCGAUGAUGGGAAAAGAAAAAGGAUUGCUAAAAAGAAUCCGGGAUAAUAAUUCCGGGAUAUUAACUUAUCAAUGCAUAAUUCACCAAACAUCGCUUUGUAGUAAACUCAGUGCUACACUGAAAUACGUUAUGGACGGUUUGAUCAAGUUAAUACAUUUUAUCAGGUCGCGUUCUUCUCUCCAACACAGACAGUUCAAAGAGUUUCUGAGUCAAUGUGAUUCUGCUUAUUCAGAUUUACUACAACACAAUCAUGUUCGUUGGCUCAGUAAAGGUCGAGUAGUUGAACGUUUUUAA